GUUGCCAUCGUCGUCGCUUCCUUGGUACCGCGCGCGGCCGGGCGGCUCUCCGGAGGCCAAUACCCGAGACCAGACGCCAUUCGCACGGAUUUCGGCACCCCGCAGCCUCAGGGCCAGUGGCUGGGGAGGGCUCUGCGCAUGCGCGGCGGCGCGAGGGUCGCUGGGACCGGAAGUGCGCCUGUGUUUGGGUCGCGGUCUGGCAGGAGCAGGCUGUGGGAGUGGGGGUCCUGGGCCGCCCUCCCCGCCAUGGGUCUCCUGUCGGAUCCCGUGCGUCGGCGCGCGCUCGCCCGUCUCGUGCUGCGCCUCAACGCGCCGCUCUGCGUGCUGAGCUACGUGGCGGGCAUCGCCUGGUUCUUGGCGCUGGCCUUCCCGCCGUUGACCCAGCGUACUUACAUGUCGGAGAACGCCAUGGGAUCCACCAUGGUGGAGGAGCAGUUUGUGGGCGGAGACCGUGCCCGGGGCUUUGCCCGGGAUUUCGCUGCCCACCGCAGGAAGUCGGGGGCUCUGCCAGUGGCCUGGCUGCAGCGGGCGAUGCGGUCAGUAGGGCUGGAGGUCUACACACAGAGUUUCUCCCGGAAACUGCCCUUCCCAGAUGAGACCCACGAGCGCUACAUGGUAUCAGGCACCAACGUGUAUGGCAUCCUGCGGGCCCCACGUGCUGCCAGCACGGAGUCUCUUGUACUCACUGUACCUUGUGGCUCUGACUCCACCAAUAGCCAGGCUGUGGGACUGCUGCUGGCACUUGCUGCCCAUUUUCGAGGGCAGAUUUACUGGGCCAAAGAUAUCAUCUUUCUGGUGACAGAACAUGAUCUUCUGGGUACUGAGGCUUGGCUUGAAGCCUACCAUGAUGUUAAUGUAACUGGCAUGCAAUCAUCCCCGCUGCAGGGCCGGGCGGGGGCCAUUCAGGCAGCUGUGGCCCUGGAGCUGAGCAGUGAUGUGGUUACCAGCCUUGAUGUGACUGUGGAGGGUCUCAAUGGGCAACUGCCCAACCUCGACUUGCUCAACCUUUUCCAGACCUUCUGCCAGAAAGGGGGGCUGCUGUGUACACUUCAGGGAAAGCUUCAGCUCCAGGAUUGGACAACACUGGAUGGGCCAUUGCAAGGCCUGCAGACACUGUUGCUGAUGGUUCUGCGGCAGGCCUCUGGCCGCCCCCAUGGCCCUCACGGCCUCUUUCUGCGCUACCGGGUGGAGGCCCUAACCCUUCGGGGCAUCAAUAGUUUCCGGCAGUACAAGUAUGACUUGGUGGCUGUUGGCAAGGCUCUGGAGGGCAUGUUCCGCAAGCUCAACCACCUCCUGGAGCGCCUGCACCAGUCAUUCUUCUUCUACCUGCUUCCUGCUCUCUCCCGUUUUGUCUCCAUUGGUCUCUACAUGCCUGCUGCUGGGUUCUUGCUCCUGGUCCUUGGUCUCAAGGCUCUGGAGCUGUGGAUGCAGCUGCAUGAGGCUGGAGUGGGCCCUGAAGAGGCUGGGGAUGCUCCUGGACCCAGUCCCCCCCUUACCUCUACACAGGGUGUGGGACUGGCCUCACUUGUGGCACCCCUGCUGAUCUCUCAGGCCAUGGGCCUGGCCCUCUACAUCCUGCCUGUGUUGGGUCAACAUGUGGCUACCCAACACUUCCCAGUGGCUGAAGCUGAGGCCGUGGUGCUGACACUGCUGGCAAUUUAUGCAGCUGGCCUGGCUCUUCCUCACAACACCCACCGGGUGAUGAGCACACAGGCCCCAGACAGGGGUUGGAUGGCACUGAAACUGGUGGCCCUGAUCUACCUAGCACUACAGCUGGGUUGCAUCGCCCUCACCAACUUCUCACUGGGUUUCCUGCUAGCUGCCACCAUGGUACCUGCUGCUGCACUCACCAAACCCUGUGGGCCCCGGCCACUCUAUGCUGCCCUCCUGGUGCUGACAAGCCCAGCAGCCACGCUCUUGGGCAGCCUGUUCCUGUGGCAGGAGCUACAGGAGGCACCACUGUCACUCGCCGAGGGCUGGCAACUUUUCCUCGUGGCAUUGGCCCAGGGCGUGCUGGAGCACCACACCUAUGGUGCCUUGCUCUUCCCACUGCUCUCCUUGGGCCUGUACCCCUGCUGGCUGCUCUUCUGGAAUGUGCUCUUCUGGAAGUGAGGUCUGCUACCCGGGCACAAAGAAUGGGGCAUGGCUCUCCAAGCCCCCACCAUUCUACCUCCUCCCUGGGAAAUAAACAAGUGUCUAUUUCAGCUGUU